GUGCCAAAAUACAAUAGUCAUAUUUUUUAUAUGAGGCCGCCUGCAUGCUGAAGAAAUACAGGUACUCGUCACCAUCCAAAAUCAAUCUCAUACAUUUCAGUUUCGUUUUGAUUCCAGCAUGGCAAGAGGAGGUCAUUCAGAUGCUUGGUACGGAAAACUCUUCCUUAAAAUAGGUCCCCAAAUGGGAUCUGAAUUUACUGCAAUAGGGAUCAACCUUGACUUUAAGGACUCAGACUUGAAGAACAUCAGAGAUUCUCAUCGUGAGGCAAAAUUAUGGGGCAACCAACUGUUGACCGAGUGGAAGGAGAAACAACCAAUUGGAGCAAACCUGAUAGCAAUAUUAACUAAAGCACUAAGCGACUCUGGUAGAAAUGACCUCGCGGGGCAGGUGGAGAAUGAACAUGCUAAAAGUGCUGGAGAAGUUCAGGUACAGCAAGUAACUCCAGCACCCCAAGUAGCCCAGGUAGACAAUCCAGUAUACAACAACCCACAACAACCAAUGGAAGAAGAUGAUGAUACAGAUUAUAGCUUAAGAUAAAGAAAAGUUUUCUGACUAAGAACUCAAACUCUUAAACCAGUGUCUUCAGUUAUAUGUAAUAUAAUAUGUUGAUGGAGACGGAUGCUACUUGACUUAUUCAAUAAAGUUUAAUCAAGCUAGUAUGGUCUUUUUAGUCCUUCAUGUCCAAUUUUUCAAACAUCAGUUAGCGUAGACAGUGUUCCAUUUCAAAAAAAAUGUAUAAAUGCAGUGCCAAAUAGGAACAACUAUAAAAGAAUCACAGUAACAUAUAUAGUACUAAAUACUCCCAUUAACCUUAGUUUAUACAUGUUCACACCAAAUAUCAGACUCAGAGGAUAGAAUCAAUAUAUUUGGCCAUUAUGGGGAUCAAACUAUUUUUGUAAAAUUACUGAGAAAAAGUCAAAGUUAUAUA